GCACCGAGACUGGAUCUUUACUGAGGGAACGAUACAUGCUUAUGGCAUCUGGAUCGUUGGUUUCCAGAGAUGCAUUGCAAGACAUCUGUACAAGUGUGUGACGUGUAACAAGCUCAGAUGAAGGACAGCCAAGCAAAAGAUGGCCGACCUUCAGAUCUGUUGAGUACUGAGCCACCAUUCACCAACAUAGGCAUUGAUGUGUUUGGGCCUUGGAGUAUCUCUACUCGACGCACAUAUGGAGGUGCCGCUAACAGCAAGUGGGUGAAGCUCACACGCUCCGAUUGUGGCACAAAUUUCAAGGGGGCAUGCAAAGAGCUGAAAAUACUCCUUCAAGAUGACAAGGAGCCUAAUGUCUUUGGGUUCCUCAGUAAAAAAGGCUGUAUAUGGAUCUUUCAUCCGCCCCAUUCCUCCCACAUGGGUGGCGUGUGGGAGAGGAUGAUUGGAGUCUCCAGGAGGAUUCUGGAUUCCAUGUUGUCCCAGAUUGAGCCAUCUCACCUUUCUCAUGAGGUUCUGCCUACAGUCAUGGCAGAAGUGUCCACCAUAAUUAAUGCCAGACCUCUGACAACCAUCUCUACAGAUGUGAGUGCUCCAUCGCUCCUUACCCAAGCUAUGAUCCCUACCCAGAUUGUUUGUAGUUCUUCUCCUCCUCCAGGGUGCUUCGUCGAUGCAGAUCUACACUGCCAGCAGUGGAGAAAAGUCCUGCACUUGGCCAACACCUUUUGGGAGAGGUGGAGACGUGAGUAUCUCCCUAUAUGACCAGAGUCGGUCCAAGUGGCAGAACAGCUGCCCCAACAUCAAGGGAGGAGACAUAGUGCUUCUUUGUGAUCCCCAGGUGGAGAGGAACCACUGGCCCAUGGCGCUGGUCACAAAGACCUUCCCUUCAAUCGACGGUAGGGUCAGGAAAGUGGAGCUCAAGGUUGUCAGAGGAAGGAUAACCAAGACCUUCCUUCGCACCAUCCUAUAGGUGGUAGUGGUGCUAAUGUCUCCCCAGGGUGACAUAGACUUUCACUUAACUCCCUAGGUGUUGUCUUUCAUAGUGGUAUUGUGUUCAAUACCAGGCGGAGGGUGUGGUGUUGCAUGUGUUUUGUUCUGUUUAGUGUUAUAGCACCUAUCGUAGGUUAUUGAGAGGAAUGCAGAUUUUUCACAGCAUUUCAGAUGUUUGCAUUGUCAUUGGUUAUUCAGGUCACAUGAUUUCAGUCACAAGAUCAGGUCACAUGAUUAAUAGUGGAAAAACUAGAGGACCGCAUGGGUUAAGAUUUCCUUUUUUUAACCGGUGUCAUCUGUCUGUGUAGAGCUUGGAGCAGCCUUGUGUGUGAGUAGAUUAAUUAAUCUGUGAUUAUAAAAAUUAUUUCUGCUCAUAUUUCAUUGGAUUACACAAUAUUUAUUAACGUUAUUUCAUGGCUUUUUUGUGUUGGUUUAUUUACAGUUUGACAUGAUUAUUAACAGUUUGACAUGAAACGCUGUAUCUUCAAUAAAUUGAGUCAAGAUAAAGUGUUUAGCUGUCUGGUGAUGUGUGCCUCGCUACGCACUCAGGUGUCUGAACAAUGUUCAAAUCAGUCAGGCAUGGUAGGGAGCAAUACAUCAGUAAAAUGGUUGUCUGCGCUGUACUCUACUGCACUGUUAUACGUAUAUGGUCAUCCUCUAUUGUGAUGUAUUAUACUCUUCUUAACACACCUUAAAAUAAGCAAAAGUGACGGAAUGAUACGUGAGGGUUCUGUGUUUUGUGUGUCUCUCCCUGCCUCCUUGUUCUUCCCCUUGGCUGACGAGGCACACCUGCAGCCACUCACUCAUCACUAUAUAUACCCCUGGUCUUCACCCUUCUCCCCUGCCAGAUAAUUUAGUCUUGUCGGUAGAGCUGACCAUCUUUGCUUGUGAAUGUUUUGCCACCAUGUGUUUUGCCAAUGAGUAUUGAUGUGUUCUUUUUCUUGUGUGUGUGUGUGUUGUUGUUUUUUGUUUGUUUCAUGUACCUUGCUGCCUCGUUGCCUGAGUUCCUGUUUUUGCCCAGUGUCUGAGAGCCUUCCUGGCACUGGAGUUUCCCGGCCUAUGUCACAUCGCGGUGAGGGAUGUUCUGUCUUGGGGUUUUUGUCUUGUGAAUUUCAUGUUUUAUUUUGAAAAGUAACUCUCCUCUUAUUUCAGGUCACUUGCCCUUCCUCUUGUGUCCCUGGUCUGACGUCACCCCUGAUCCUUGAUUGUUUUCACCUGUGUUCCCUUCCCCCAUGUGUAUAAAGUCUUUGUCUUCCCCUGUCUGCGUUGCCAAAGUAUUUCGUCCUCUGUCGUGUACUGAAGCCCUGUUUCACAGUCUUUCGAUUGUCUCAAGUUAAGUAUUGCCAAGUUUUAUUUUCUGUAUUGUUCCUCUUUGGAUGAGUGAUUUUGAUUGUGUAAUUUUCUGGUUAGUUUGAUUUAAUAGAAUUACUGUUUGAUAGCCUUUUGUUUUCCUCCCUCGUGGAGCGCUUUUUGUUGUACCUUUUGCAGUGUUCAGAGUAGUGAGUUUCAUAGCCUGUGUGCUGACCUCUUCAGAGUGAUUUUGUUUUCUGUUCAAGUUUCAUAGCUAAAGUUUUCAGUUCAGUGUAAGAUUCCUCCUUCAGGAGCACUUUUCGUUCUUUGUGUUUUAUGUCUUGUGUGUCCUGUUUGUCUUCAUAGCAUUUCAUGGCCUGUUUUGUCAUUCACGCUGAAGAGUUGCAAUCAGUCAAUAAAACCUGACAUUACUUCUGCCAUUCUGCAUCUGAGUCCUUUCUCCUUUGUCCGAGCCUGACAGCCUACCUGGCUGGACACCUUUUGUUCCUUCACUUGUGGAGUUUUUGUGAGAAUAAACAUUUUUUGCACCUACACGCCUGUCCGUCUCUGCUUCGGGGUCCAACACUCAGUACGCCCUAACAUGAUACUUGAUUUAUGG